AUGAGACUAGGAUCGAAUGGUAGCAAUGGAACUUCUGGAAUAAGUAGAACGCGUUUGAAAAAUUCUUCGUUUAAAACUGACAAUGGCUCACAUUCCGCUGGAAAGGCUCUAUCUCAAGUAGAUACAUUACGCCAGUGGAGACAAGAUGCCUUGAUGAAACAUCAAUACAAGACUGCUGAAUUUGUUGGGGACAAGGUCUUAACAUUGACGGCGGAUAUGAACGAUGCUUAUUGGCUUGCAAAAAUUCAUUUUACAGCUGGUAAUUAUGGAAGAGCCCACAAUGUCCUAGUAUCCCAACCCCAUUGGCGUACUUCUUUGCAGUAUAGAUACCUAGCUGGCUUGAGCCUCUGUAAUAUGGGAAAAUGGGACCAAGCACUGGAUAUUGUUGGUGAGUCCAAUGAUCAGAUUAUCGCUCUCGAAAAACAAUCUGAUAGUGAUAAUGAUGACUUAACUGAAAAACAACUUGGAAUCACAGGUUCCCUUGAAGCAGGGAAGUACUCCAGCAAUGGUGGUAAUAGUGAAACAAGGAAAAGUUCGGAAGAGAUUUCAGGAAAUUAUUCCCAAGUAGGGACUGGCCAAGAGGCGGAAUCACUCACACCAGCAUCACACCCAGAAUCAGGUUCGGCAUUAGGACCCAAGGGCAAGUCGACUAUAGCCAUAUCUUCUCAAAUAAAACCACCCCCACCCCCUUCAAAGACUUCUGCAUCAGUACACUCGUUAUCAUCUAUCCCAUUUUCUUCAUCAUCAUCUGCAGCUGCGGCACGAGCUGCUAUUCCUUUGCAAAUUAGAACGACAUCUGAACAAACAUAUCCAACUUCGUCAUCAACAAGUCCAUCUGUUAAUCCACUAACUCUAAGUCCUACAAAUAUGAUGCCAGAAUCAUCAGAUGGAAUAAAAAUUGAAGCAUCACUGUGCUUCCUGAGGGGUCAAAUAUAUACCAAUGACAAUAACUUUGACAAGGCAAAAGAGUGUUACAGGGAAGCAGUCAAAAUUGACGCUAAAUGCUAUGAAGCUUUUGAUGAACUUGUAACAAACAAUCUAAUGACCCCACAAGAAGAAUGGGAUUUCUUAAAAUCGUUGGACUUUGAGGGGAGCGCUGGAUCAGGCAACGCAGAGCUCGUGAAGGCUCUUUAUUCAAUCCGCCUUGGAAAAUAUAUCAACCUCGCUGAAUAUAAAGAGGCUCACUCUCUGCUUACCGACUACUAUGGUCUUGGAGAAAACCCUGACAUUUUGCUUAGCCAGGCUGAUGCACUACUGACACAAAAUCGACAUCGGGAAUGCCUUCAUGUUUGCGAAAAAAUUCUCUCUCACGAUAAAUUCAAAUUUGCGGCUUUGCCAAAUUAUCUUGCAUGUCUGUACGAACUAGGUUCCCGUAAUAGGCUAUUCCAGCUGGCUCAUGAACUUGUGGCAUCCAGUCCUCAGGAAGCUGUAUCCUGGCAGGCUGUGGGUGUCUACUACAUGGUAAUUAACAAAAUAAGCGAGGCUCGUAGAUAUUUCAGCAAGGCAUCGAUGAUGAAUCCAUAUUUCGCACCCGCUUGGGUUGGGUUUGCCCACACUUUUGCAGCCGAGAAGGAACAUGAGCAGGCUAUAUCUGCCUACUCUACGGCUGCGCGUCUGUUCCCGGGUUCUCAUCUUCCGACGUUGUUCCUUGGAAUGCAGCAUCUUCAGCUAGGCAAUGUUACUCUUGCUGAUGACUAUCUAGCUACAUCUUAUAAUGUUUGCAAAACGGAUCCAUUGCUGCUUAAUGAGAUGGGUGUUGUAUAUUAUGAAAAGAGAGAGUAUGAGAGAGCCGAAUCAUUUUUCUUGAAGGCACUUGAAGUGGCGUCCGACCUUGAAUCAGACCCUAAAUCGUGGCUGGCGAUCAAAUCCAACCUUGGUCACGUUUACCGACGACAGGAGAACUUCGAUAAAUCGUUAACCUACUUUGAGGAAGUUUUACGAGUUUCACCUAAAGACCCUGGAAUACAUACUUCCAUGGGCCUUGUUAAUCUCAUGGCCAGUCGGACAAUGCUUGCUAUUGAGAACUUCAAUGAUGCACUUAGUUUGUCACCCGGUGAUCCUAUAACCUCAGACUUGCUGAAGAAAGCCCUUCAAGAGCACUCUAGAUCCUUGGAGCUGGCGACCGUUGAUGAUCGGUUUCUAUUUCAGGACCCCGAUUUACAAGAUCUGGUAGAUCUAUCAGAUGAGGAUAGUCUGGAAAAUGACGAAGGGGAUCAGUCAGGUAUGGAGUUAGAAUAG